AUGACUGACACGGAGCCUUCGGUGGCGAUCUCAUCUUCGCCCUCUCUCCCGGCCACCGACUCCAAUCCUCUAAACUACGCUUUCCUCGUCCAUUCCCAGAAAACCCUCACACAAAACCUUCCUCCGCGUGUUGACAAUAAACUGUUAGCCCGCCAAAAGCGACGGCGAACUAGCCCGGAGGACCACGCCAUACUCGAAUCCGAAUACCAGCGGAAUGCCAAACCAGACAAGGCAGCUCGCACAAGUAUCGUAAACCGCGUGUCGCUCGGCGAGAAAGAGGUCCAAAUUUGGUUCCAAAAUCGCCGUCAGAACGAUCGUCGCAAGUCCAAACCACUUCAACCUCACGAACUACUCGGCCCGCGGUCGGGAUUACUUGAUUCUUCCGGUCAGCCUUUGAGUGAUGAUAACGCGUCGGCGGAGCCGGGGUCUUCAAGUGGGGCAGAGCAGUUUGACACCAACGAACACCGCGAGGAAAUGGCAUCAAAAUUGUGGCACGGGGGACUGUUGAAUUUCUCCGAUGAUUCGGACCCGUUGACUGGGGAUAAAGAUGAGCAUGAGUUACCACAAAGUACACAAACAAGCGUGGCGACAGAGGGCCUCGAGGACACACCCCCGACCACACAGGAAGAGUUUUCCCAAGAGGCGAACCACUCCUCGGAGGACUCUCUCCUACCGGUUCCCAAGAGAAAACGUUCCAUGUCGGAUAUCAGAGGCGACGGUGAAAAUGAUCAGCAGGCAGCAAACACACAAACCACACCAACCAAGUCACCGCCAUCGUUGAGACUGUCAAUGUCCUUCGAUGGAGAGGCCAUGGUACGCAAAGAAGGCGAACUAACGCCGUCUCCACCCAAGAGCCGCAGUGCGCUUCGCAUUGCGAUGUCGUCGGAUGGAAAAGCGGUAAUUCGCGGGGAAAACGAACCCUCGCCAUCAAAGAACCGCGUGGCAAUGUUCUCAGUUCGCCGAACAAAAAUGUCAAGCCUGCGACGGAGCAGCAGUGCUGUCUUCCCAGCUACGCCGCGGGCAGGUGUAGCUGUGGCCGAAAAGGACCGGGCUUUCGGUCGCUCUCGCGAUCCCCGUAAUUGGGAGUCAUUCUGUGACACAGACGCAAGAAGCGCCCUAUCAACACCGAGCAGUGGACCGAAUGCUUUUUCCCCAGGUCUCUUCCACUCUCGCAGCCAGCGCUCAUUACCACGCAGUGCUUCCGGUCGGCACGGCUUUGCCGCCAACGCCGACCUUACAAACACACCUAUCUCCCAGUCCAUGGGCGAAAAAAGGAGGAAGCUAGCUCGUACUGUUUCAUCUAUGGGGCGACUUGAGACCGGACGCAACAAGGCGAACAUGAUCACCUCCACCUCAAAACCGUCCAAACCUCUCUUCUCCAAGGCUGGCAAGUCGAACCUGGAAAUGGACCCUGGUGACUCUGACAAGGAAAAUUGGGUUCCGGGCACUCAGUCGGCAAAUAUCCGUCGCCGGAACACAUCACAUGCAUCACGGCCGGUCCUGCGUGAUGCCAACCGGAAUCGCGGUCUCGGUAUCUCAACCAAUGGAGGCAAGCGCAAUCGAGCACUGCAAGCCGGCUCGCAAGGCAAAGUCCCUGAUAUCAGCGCAGAAGUCUCUGCUUUUAUGGCUGGUGGCUCGGGCGAUAGUCAAGAAGAUGAUGACCUUGAUUGUGUCCAGGGUCUGCUGUCGUUGAGCCAAGGGGCCUGGCGAUAA